GAUAGCAAGCAAGUCUGCUUUCUUUUCUUUCUCUCUUACGUCUUAAGACAAGAGGCCAAUGUGUGUACAUAUAUACAGACGAAUUGUAUUGCAAAGAUUGCUCUCUCGCGUCUUAAGAAUUAAAGAUAAGGCCAAUGUGUGUACAUACAGACAAAUUGUAUUGCAAAGUAUAGUGUGCCUUAUUCAUCUGAAAGGCUUUUUAUAAAAUGGAAAAUUGAAUUAAAACUUCCCUGAAAAUUCCUUUUUUUUUUCAAUACAAUUUACCAUUCCUGAAUAAGAAAAAAAUUCCUUUUUUUCCCUCUUAAUACAAAUUCUUUUUGUAUGAUCGCUCUUUAGCCGGUUUUUCAGUAAUUUCCAGAGAUUAGGUUUUAGGGCAAAAUUGGGGGAGAAUGUUUAAGCCUGAGAUCGUGGUUCGAAGGAAUGGCAAUGAACCGCCACGGAAACGCUCGUCUGCCGUUGUUCCAGAGCCUGAGCAUGAUGACGAUUACGUUGAUCCUGCCGCCGAGGAGAAAUACUAUCGGUAAUAUCUAGAGUCCGAUGGUUUCGAUGUUGAUUACUGUCCUCUUCCAUAUGGUGGGUUGCUUCCCUGUGUAUUCAAAGAUAAGUAUGAUUAUCCAUUCGACAUCGGCCUUCUUGGUAGAUUGGGACUUCACUGUUACAAUAUUCAGAAGGGAACUAACCUCAAAUUGAUUGCUAUAAACAAAAAUAAUACUGAGAUGCUUGGGGCGGUUUCACUGAAUUACAUAACGUUGGAGUCCAUGGACACAUCCAACAAUUUUCCUUACAAUUUUCAGACUUGUGUUUCCCUAAAUAUGGUUUCGGAAGAGGCAUUCCUAAUGGUAUAGACCGAACUUUCCAGACUAAAAGUUCCUACUGGCUGCGCUUGGGCUACUCCUGUUUUCUUGGAGAGGGCAUGGAAAGACAACGCAGUAGAUGCAUUUUACAAAGGUAAAAUGCCCAGCUGGAUUACAAAUGAUAAGCUGGCUGCAGCCGGCGAGAAAGGUCAAUUUUACGAGCAGCAAAAAGCAGACUUGCAAGAAAAUGAUUGGCUUCAUCUAUAUGCCGAGUUUGCUAAGUUUGCUUUUAACUUGAAGAGGAUUGGAUCUGAGAAUCGACUGAAGCAAUUUCCGCCACUGGAGAUGAAGAAGGUAAUCAUACAAACUGAAAAAAGUGGAGAGGAGUUGCCGCGUAUGAAGCUGAAGGCGAACAAUGCCAUCUUCUACAUGAGUUUCAAGGGCAAUGGUGACCCGAUGGGUAUCCCUAUCGAGUACCAAGCGAUUGUAAGGAGAACCAUGGAUGGGAUGCCUAGACACAUUUGUCUAGAAAUUGACCGUCUGACUUACAAAUCCAACUGAAUGGAGAUAUUUCCUCAAGUCCUGCUACAAUUAUGUGUUUAUUUUUGUUAACUUAAUCAACUUUCACCAGGAUGCAAUGGGGUUUAUCGCUGACAGUAGCACUAGUAGUAAGCAGCACAAUGUGAUGGAUGAUGCUCUUAUGUAUAGCUCUCAUAUGACCCCUUGUUUAAAACUUCUUAUUUCUUGCUUUUAGUAGUAAUUAUAUUAUUUGCUAUGAUGUCAUAGUUUCUCACAAGCAUUU